GCCAUUUGAAGCGCCGCGCGCCUGGCCGCCGCACAGUCGAUACUCUCUGACUGACUUCCGUGGUGCUACGAUUGGCGUCUGCUGUGACUGGAUUGUUUUCGUGCAUUUUCUUCGUUAAAUUUUGAGAACCCUCUUUGACAUUAAGAGCCAUCAAUUAAGGUGGAUUUAUCUAAGAUGAAGCUCCCAGCGUGUGAAACUGGUGUUCCUGACCUUGAUGAAAAAAUCAGGCAGUAUGUGGAAUGGGAGACUAGAGAAGAUUACAAGGAGCAAACCCUGCAGUUGGUAAAAGACAAAAAAAUUGAAAAGCUGCAGCAUCUUUUCCUGCAACGCCUGACUUUUGGAACAGCUGGUUUGCGUGCUGUUAUGGGUCCAGGAUUCAACUGUAUGAAUGAAGUUACAAUAGUUCAGACAGCUCAAGGUUUACUUCGUUACCUCAAGUGUUGUUUUCCCAAUCUCUCAGAGCAAGGGAUAAUAAUUGGUUAUGACGGCAGAUACAACAGUAAGAGGUAUGCUGAACUCACAGCUACAAUUUUUAUGGGUCAGGGAGUCAAAGUUUACUUGUUCUCCGACCUGUGUCCCACACCAUUUGUAGCAUUUGGUGUGAGACACUUCCAGACUGCUGCUGGCAUCAUGGUUACAGCAUCUCAUAAUCCCAAAGAUGACAAUGGUUACAAAGUGUACUGGAGCAAUGGAGCCCAGAUAAUAUCUCCACAUGACAAACUUAUUCAGGAGUCUAUUCUUGCAAAUUUGGUUCCUUGGGAUGUAUCCAGAGACACAUCUAUUCUUCAAUCAAAUAAAAAUAUGUGCCUAGAUCCUUUGGAAGAAAUAAUGACAAACUAUUUUGAACAGUUGAAAAGUGUUCUUCUCAGUCCAACAGUAAAUGCAACUUCUCCUCUUAAAUUCACGUACACUGCUAUGCAUGGUGUAGGAUACAAGUACAUGAAAGAGGCGUUCCAUAUUGCAGGCUUUCAGCCUUUCAUAGCUGUCGAGGAGCAGAAGGAUCCGGACCCUGAAUUCUCUACAGUCAAGUUUCCAAAUCCUGAAGAGGGGAAAAGCUCCUUGCAACUCUCCAUUAAAACUGCCAAUGCAAAUGGGAGCACCAUUAUAUUAGCUAAUGACCCUGAUGCAGAUCGUCUUGCUGUGGCAGAAAAAGUUGGUGAUGAGUGGAAGACAUUUACUGGGAAUGAGCUAGGUGCUUUGUUGGGCUGGUGGCUUCUCAGGUCAUAUAGAGAAAAAAAUCCAGAGAAGUCUCUUGAUGAUGUGUACAUGCUGAGUAGCACAGUUUCAUCUAAAAUACUUAGAACAAUGGCCCAGAUUGAAGGCUUCAAUUUUGAGGAAACAUUGACUGGUUUUAAAUGGAUGGGAAAUCGAGCAUGUGAACUCAUGGCCAGUGGGAAGAAUGUAAUUUUUGCAUUUGAAGAGGCUAUAGGAUUCAUGUGUGGCAGUUCGGUUGUGGAUAAAGAUGGUGUUUCAGCAGGUGUUCACAUUUCAGAGAUGGCAACAUAUUUGAAAAUGAAUGGAAAAACUCUUAAUGACCAGCUGAGUGAGGUGUAUAAUCAGUAUGGUUACCAUUUAUGUAAUAAUUCAUAUUUUAUUUGCCACAAACCUGAAACAACCAAGAAAAUAUUUGAAAGACUGCGUCAUUUCUCUGGGGAGCUAAAGACCUAUCCAGCUGACAUUCUCGAUGGGAAAUACAAAGUGAAAGACAUUGUUGAUCUGACCAUUGGAUAUGAUUCAACUACACCAAAUGGAGUUCCAUUGCUUCCAACUUCUUCAUCAAGCCAGAUGAUCACAUUCUCAUUUGAAAAUGGCCUUGUUAUAACAUUGAGAACGAGUGGAACAGAACCAAAGAUCAAGUAUUAUUCUGAAUUUAUUGCUGACCGAGCUUUAAAAGAUUUGGUUGCUGUUACUACGACAUUUGAAGAAAUGGUGACUGCUGUUGUUGAUGAAUAUUUGCAGCCGGAGUUAAAUGGCAUAAUUCCAAAGAGUGAUUAGCAUCCCAUUGGAAUUGGCAUCAACACAUUUCGAAGAAAGUUGCUCACUGGUUUCAAAGGGUUUUCUGGCAUCUUGAACUGAAAGCGUAUUGUGUUGAAUAUGGCAAAACUUUACUGAGUUUUUUUUAUCCUUUUCCCUUCUUAUUCAAAAGUGCUUGCCUAAAAGUAUUUAAACAAAAAAGAAACGUGGUGUGUUUCUGGUGUCUGUGUAUGCCUCUUUUGAACAUCAGUGUCAUAAUUAUAAUGUAUUGCUUGCAUGAUUUUUUUUUUCUUUUGAGAAAAAAAUGUACUGGUUUUAUCAUUAAUAUAUCAGUGUGUGUUGUGGCUUUAUUUUAUAAGCCAAUCCUAUUUAUUUAAGCAACUUUCAGUAUUUUGAAAAAUGUACCUCUUUUUAUAAAAUCAGUUACGUUUUAUCGCAAUAUUAGUAGCUCUAGUUUGAUUACACAGCAUAACAUUUCAUGCUGGCGUUUUUUUCCAACUAGUCAUGCCAAUUUUUCAUGUCUCAUUCCGUACUAAGUGAGUUGGUUCCUAUCUGUAGUCCCCCUGCAUUGUUUUAAUGUUUUGUUGUGAUCUUUCUUAUGUGAUGCAUUGUAUUUAUUAUUUAUGCUGUGGAAAGUUUUAGUUUCCAUGUAGCACUAGGUCUAAUUUAUUUUGUGUGGGUGGCCUGAAACCUUUGUGAAUGAUUUGAGUUGAAGAAUGACAAGUAAUUGAUCUUUUAUGGAAUGUUCUCAUUUAAAUUGGCUGACUGAAGUGAAGUUAUAUCAUACAUUCAGUAAACUUAAGCAUUUAAAACUGCAGAAACAAUUUAUACACUGGCAGAGUUCUUUAAAAUUCAUUUCCUGUGCAUCUAUUAUUUUUUUAAAAUACACUUUUGUGACAAUAUGAGUGUUCAAAUGAUAUGAUGAAAAGACAAUUAUACAAUGAAGCAUAAAACUUAAAA